AGGGGAGGGGUCAGCCCUGCCGCUGUCGGUCGCUGCACCGCCCCUCCCCUCCCCUCCGGCAGGAAACAAAAGCGCCAUUUCCCAUCCGAGGCAGACCGGAAUCAGCAUCCCCCACCGCGUCCGGCCUCACCUCGCUCGGCUGCCCCAGCCGGACCCCCACCACCACCACCGCGGCCACCACCAUCACUUGGCACUUGCCACUUGAAGCGAGUGAGCGAGCGAGCCUCGCUCUCGGCCCCUCUCGGCUUCCCCACACAAAGCACAAAAGCCAACCGCACCGCGCCGCAGCGGCUGCAGCCUGCCGCCAGCCGCACCCGCAGUGCAGGCAGCCAGGCCAGGCCAGGCCACCCAGCCAGCGCUAGAAAACGACGAGAUGGAUACGGGUGAGUGAGUGAUAGCUAACGCCACCGCUACGCUAUACUAGCUGAGGCAGGCAAGGCAAGCAAGCAAAGCACCCCCGUGCGACAGUGCGUGAAGGGGGAGUGCGCUGCCUGCGGCGCCGUGUGCCGUCGCUCUCACGGACUCGGCCCGUCGGGUCCUCCUCGCCUCGGGCGGGCAGGCAUGCGCUGAUGGAAUUUAGGGGCCAGGAGGAACCCGCCGAGGGGAUGGGCGCCAGCUCCGCGCCGCCGCUCGCGCCCGCCCCGGCCCCGGCUCCGGUACCGGGGAACCACGCGGUGCUCCCCGAGGCGGCGGUGCGGUACCACGAGUGCCUGCGCAACCACGCGGCGGCGCUGGGUGGGCAUGUCGUCGACGGCUGCGGGGAGUUCAUGCCCGGCGCCGGCGCCGGGGACGACGCGCUCAAGUGCGCCGCCUGCGGCUGCCACCGGAGCUUCCACCGCAAGGACGACGGCCAGCGGCGCCAGCUGCUGCUCCCGCCGCCCCUCGCGCCGCCGCCGCCGGUGACGCCCACGGCCCCGCGCGUCCCGCUGCUCCUGCCGCCGCCCCACCCCUACGCCGCCGCCGCCACCCACCCCCACUACGCGCCGCCGCCGUUCCCAUACCACGGCACGCCCAGCGGCAGCGGCGGCACCACGACCGAGUCCUCCAGCGAGGAGCGCGGGCCGCCGUCCGCGCACCUCGCCGCGGCGCAGGGGCACCUGCGCCGGAAGCGGUUCCGGACCAAGUUCACGCCGGAGCAGAAGGAGCAGAUGCUGGCGUUCGCGGAGCGGCUGGGCUGGCGGAUGCAGAAGCAGGACGAGGCGCUGGUGCAGCAGUUCUGCGAGCAGGUCGGCGUGCGGCGCCAGGUCUUCAAGGUGUGGAUGCACAACAACAAGCACAGCGGCAGCGGCAGCGGCAGCAGGAGGCAGCCGCAGCUGCCGCCGCAGGAGCAACAAUCCCAACAGCAGCCGCAGCCGCAGCCGCAGCAGGAGCAGCAGUAGCCAUGGUGGGAGACAAGGCUCAGCUCCCCCGACCAUUUGCUUAAUCCCCACCUCAUUUUUUUAUGAGCUCCCAGAGAGGUGGGAUUAAACAAGGGAAGUGAGGGCUCUUAUCCUUUCUUCUUCCCUUCCGUUUUUGUUUUUCACCUUAUCCUUCUAUUUUUUGUAGCCAUUUCAUCCUGUUUGCUUCAUGAUUCUUGCUUGUUUAUCUUUUGAUUGCUUCUGUUCCUAGUUGGGGGAUCAAUUGAAAAGAGGCGGCACUGUGCAUGCUUGUAGCUACAUUUUUUACCUUGUUAUUUGACCUCUCCAGCAACAAGAUUAACCAACCAAAGUUUCUCUCAGCUUUCCCCAACAUUGUAGUUUGAUCUUCACUUGAGCACUAGAGAAUUUAGCUAGUGGUCUCUCCUCCCUUCUAAUGCAGCAUUUUCAUAUAGUUCUAGCUUAAAACCCAGCAUAAACUAAUGAGCAUAAUGAUACCACAAUCUUGAGUUUUCUUAAGCUAAUUACCAAAUAUGGAGCAGCAAUUGAUAUUUUUGGCUAGAGAAUAUUCGGUAUUCAGGAUGACAAAACUUUAUGCAAGAGAAUGCUUGCAUGUAGAGAAACUAAAUGUUGCAUCAAAUGCCUCAUUCCUUUGUGUUUGUUUGCCAUUCAAUUGGAGGUGUACUUGCCUGUUGUUGUGUGUUAAGCUUUUUAUGUUGUACUUGGCUCUAGAUGCAUCGCAUUGCUGUCAUGUAUGGAGUUAAGAGUCAUUUUUCAAACCUGACGGAUUUAAUGGAGGACUGGACUGGAGCUUGGAGACUCCUGAGAGUUUCUGGGUAUGGCCGGUCACGUACUCACAUGGCCUCUGUCGCAUCUACCUUCCAGAAGCCAAGGAUUUCGUUUCAUGGAAUUGUGAGGCCCAUGCUGCAAUGAGACCAUGAGAGGCAGAUAAGGAUGUAAUGAAUGCCCUCCAAGAAAAUUGGUAGACAGAAAAAAAGGGGGAUAAUGAGUUAGCAUCACAGGAUUUUGCGUUCUUGAUAUCCUUCACUAGUAAUGGAUGAGCCCGGCAAAUUUGGUUUC